AUGGAUAGAAUCAAGCCGAUCAAAGGCCGCAAGCCGGUGGGCUUGCCCAGCUCGGCGAACCCGGCGCAGCCUCAGCAGCCUAUGUUCGGCGGAUUCGGAGGCUUCACUGGUUUCGGUCAGCAGCAGGAUCAGCAGCAGCAACCCGUUCAGCAACCCGCUCAACAGAACGGAAGCUUCUUCGGCAACACGCAAAGCUCACAGAGCUUCCCACCUACAAACGGCGCUCCAUCUUUCGGCCAGAACGGUGCUAGUAUCUCCUUCGGUGGAUUUGGCAAUGCUGCAGCUGCAGCUGGCGCUCCUCAAUUUAAUCUCGCCCCGCCCUCUGGGGCCUUCAACUUCUCCUCCGUAGGCAGCAAUCCAUUCAGCAACCCUUCCAAUGGCGCAACGAACGCGUCCACCACUACGAACGGCGGUGCCAGUUCGGGUUUCUCCGGUUCGAUCUUCAACCUACCUCCAGCGCAGCCCGCCAACGAAGCAUCGAAGAGCAGCUUGUUCAACUUUGCAGCCUCCGCGCCGCCAAAUAAUUCUUCAAACCCGCCUGCGACCUCUCAACCGUUCUCCACGAACUUUGGCUCACCAGCCAAUGCCACACAACCCUCCUCCAAUCCGUUUGGUUUCCCUCAGCCAGCAGCCUCUGCACAACCAGUCCCAAAUCUAUUCGGUACGCCGACGGCCAACUCUCAGGCGGCCCCAGGUCCUUUCAGCUUCUUGAACAAGGGAAUCAACGCGGGAACAACUCAACAGGCUCCGCCAGCUGUCAACGCCACACUCAGCCCUGAGGAGAUGCAAGUGUCACCUGAUAACUCGCCCGCUAAACCCAACGGGCAACAGAACGAUCAAAGGCCUAACCUCUUCUCUUUCCUGAAUGCGCCUCCAAAACAGCCGAACGAGGCACAGAUGUCUGGUUCAAGCUUGUUCAGUCGGAUCACGCCGGCAGAUACUACUUCGCAGGCCAGUGCGCCGCCUGCACAGGAACCAUCGCAGACCGCCCCCAAGGCCAAUCCUUUCGCGGCUCUCAAACGUCCUGAGGACACUCCAGCGCCGUCUGCACCCGCGCAAACUCAAGCACCACCAAAGAGCCCUUUCGCAGGGAUUGCGCGUGCCCCCACUACGCCGGCGUUUCCGAAUUCUGCUACAGGAGCGAGCGGCGCCUCAUCGAACCUCUUCCAGCCGAAGCCAGCUGCUACCACUUCACAGGCAGGCACAAAUGGUAUCCCAGCCUCCACAUCUGAUGCUCCGUCCUCAGCGACAAGCAACCUGUUUGGUAACGCUAAAAGCUCCACACCGUCAACUACAACUUCGACGACGGGCAACAUGUUCGGCAAUCUUAAGCCACCUGCGACAUCCGCUGCCCCUUCGCCCGCUUCUAACAUGUUUGGUAACCUCAAGCCGCCAGCAACAUCUUCUGCGCCUGCAGUUCAGCCGAAUAUCCCUGCAGCUGAUAUAUCCCCUAGUUCAGGUGGCCUACCAGAGCCGCCAGCACACUUCACAGAUGUGCAGAAGCAGCAAUUUCAGGUUGGCUGGCAGAUGUGCUCCCUCAAUAUUGGCCUGAGAGAGUACCUUGCUACUCUAGACCCAAUCUCGGAUUGGUCCCAAAUAUGCCGCUUCUAUCUUGCAGAGAGUGCGAAGUUCAUGGCCGUACUCAGCAAAAAGAGGAAAGCGGAUGAGCCAGCGGCCGCUGAGGGCGUCAAUGGCAAUGGCAACGCAAAGAGAUCCCGUGCCGAGGAUCAGGUGUCGUAUCCGAAGCUUCCAGAGGCUCAGCCCGCUCAAGAGACCUCUCAAACCUCGAGCAUUUUCAAGAACAUCUUCGACAAGGCAUCUCAGCCCGCCGUCGAGAAGCCUACCCCGCCACCUGAGACUUCCAAGCCACAGCCGGCUGCCGCACCUUCAUUCCAGGCAGCUCCAUCAGCGAGCACCCUCUUCGGAGCUGCAACCAGCGCUUCUGCAACAACAUCUUCCAAUCCCUUCGGCGGUUUUAGCACAAGUCUAGGUAACACCUCGUCUGCACCCACCAAUCUAUUCUCGGCCAAGCCGGCCACUGCUGCACCAGUACCGAACAAGCCGAGCAAAACACCAGUAGCAAGCCCGUUCCAGUUCAAGCCUUCCACCACUGCUGCGGCUAGCAACGCCAAUGCACCUGCCGCUGCGAGUCCAUUCCAGUUUAAGCCGUCAAGUACGCCGUUGACUAGCAGCACGACUGCUCCUGCAGCAGCGUCUCCAUUCCAGUUCAAACCCACAUCUGCAGCGUCUGCAAACAACGCAGGCACUGGCACAGUUCCAGGAUCAGUACCUUUCGGUGCUGUAGCCAAUCCUUUCAAAGUUGCGGGCGCUCCUCAAACUCAACCUAGCGCCAGCACAUCGUCCGGACUGCAGCUUCCUAAGUUUGGGGAUGGUACCGGUACGACCAAUUUCCUGGCUGCGUUCGGCAAGCAAGUGGAGAAAACUCAGCGAGCAGAGACCAAGAAGCGAAAGGAGGAAGAUUUCGACUCGGAUGAAGAAAGCGAGGAGCAGUGGCGCAAGAAGGAUGAAGAGAAGCAGCGCGCAAAGAAGGCGAAGCUUGAGGAGGCUGCCAAGUCGCUCGUCUCGCCAACGUUUAACAUUGGUCAAUCGAGCUUUGCGGUCGGCGCUUCACAGCAGAAGCAGGAUAAGGCAUCCAGCGCCGCCCCGUCUUCCUCUUCACAACCUCAGACCUCUGCAUCUCCCACCAAUGGUCUUUUCAUGUCAGGCACGGUAAGCCCAACGCCAUCGACUGGCUCGGUAUUCGGCACCCAUCGUCUUGGCGCCAACAACUCUCUCCAGCCCGGCAACGUGUUUGCUCAUCUGUCAGAUGUAGAGUCCGGUGCGGAAGCCGGGCAAGAUGAUGCAGGAGAUUCUGAAAGUGCAACUGGCGAGGACGAAGAGGCAGCCGAUGAGCAGCAGACUGGGCAGACUAGUGCGAAUGGCGGUGACGAUGAAGCAUCCGAUGAGGAGACUAUUGAGGAUGCCAUGAGAAAGUCUCGCAGCCCUGCCAAGAACACCACGACGCCUGGCACCUCUACUCCUGCAGCUAGUCGAAGCAUGUUCGAUCGUAUCAAGAUGGGCGCAGACGGCAUGCCUGAGCGGGAAGAGCCAAUGAACCAGGACAGCGAUCCGGACAAGACUCCCAAGGCAAACCCCUUCGGUUUCCCAACGACAAGUACUUCGACGCCUUUCGGCAACAGCACUCUCUUCGGCAAGAGCGCAAGCCCUGCCGGCGAUAACACUUGGAAGAACGACAGCCCCAUCAAGUUCGCCCAGAGCGCCAAGUCAACAGGAGCCCCCGCCUUCAACUUCACGCCAGCAAGCCCUGGAAAGCCUAGCACUGGCGACGAGAGCAACAAAGAGAACUCAGCGGCGUCGAAUCCUUUCGCCGGCCUCUUCGGAGCCAAACCGAGCGGUGCCGGUGCGUCCGCCUCCCCAGGGUCAACGACCCCAACCGCAUCGCCAGCCAAGCCUGCGCUUGGGUUUGCAUUUGGCGCACCACCUACUUCUGGUGGUUUGUCUCCCAUGCCAGGCUCGUCAGUGUUCGGCGGCUCUGGUUUCACCUCUCGGGCGACCACGCCGGGUAUCUCGGAGAACGAGACCUCUGCAGCUGAGUCAACAGCAGAAGCUGAUGCCGAAUCCAACGAGCCCCAACGCGACCUCACUAGCCUCAGCGAGCAAGAGCGUCGUGAAGAGACGGUGAUUUUCGAGUGCGCAAAGUCCAAGGCGACGAAGUACAAUCCCAAGGCCGAGACUGACAAGGCCAAAUGGUCCACCCUCGGCGUCGGCCCGCUCCGCGUUCUGAAGCACAACACCACAGGCGUCACCAGGGUUCUCAUGAAGGCUGCUCCGAGAGGCAACGUCGUCAUCAACUCGAGGCUGCUUAGCCAGAUGGAGUACAAGAAGGUCCAGCAGAAGAUGGUGCAGGUCCCGCUUCCAGACGAGACGGGGAAAAUCACCAGCUUCUUCAUCCGCUUUGGUCAAGACUCCGACGCUGACGCCUUCGCAAAGGCGUGCGAGGAGAACAGAGCGCACUAG